AAUAUUUGGCUUAGCCAGCAUAAUAUGGCACCCAUACAUAGAACUGUGUUCACAAACUCUCGCAAACACCAACAUAUACAGUGCAAUCAUGAAAAUGGAACGAACGAAAGAAAGUACAGAUGAGUAUACACAUACAAUAACAGUAUCACUGUCACAUUUAUAGAACAGCGUGUUCGAAACAUGUAAAGGAAGAAAAAAGAGCAACCAGUCGACACAUAAACACACAGCUAUCAACAGUGCUGUGCACAACAACAUUUUUCUUCUCCGUUUAAAAUUGAUUUUUCAGUUACGACGCAACAACACACGAUGGCAGAAAAUCCAGAUGAAGAACAAAAACGAAAAAAGGAAGAAACGAAGAAAAAAAUCGUUCUCAGUAUUCUCAAUCUGUAUGCAAAAAAUGGAGGUGCAACACUGCAUCAAAUAAACAAAGACUACUUGGAACAGGAGGGUGAAAGAUUGGCACCUACACAAUCAGAAGGAAUCAGAUUUAUGGCAUCGAUGGAAAACGUCCAAUACAAUGACAAUAGUAAAUUAUACCGAUCGUGUUCGAUAUUAUCCCAACAUAUAAAAAAAUUCGUAACCGAACAAAAUGUUAAAAUUUCAUCGAAUUAUAUGGGCAACCGAAAUAACUUAAAUCGUUCAUUCCCAUCGCGUCCAAUUACGUCAUAUCGAAACGACUACGCGGACGUGACAUUUCCAAGCAACACAAAUGCCGGCAGACCCGCUGGAAAGAUUCAAAGUCGUCGCAAGACUUUGGGUCCAGCAUGUUUCAAGCGCUCGCAUUCACCAGAACCUGCAAAAAAACGUCCUCGCAGUUCGACACCGGAAAAAGACAAGCCAUCUACAUCGAAACGCAAUAGAAGUCGCAGUAAGUCACGUCAAAGAGAUGAUCGCAGUCCAGCGCGUCGGUCGCCACCAAGAUGGCAAAAUCGUUGUCGCGAUAUUUCACCACGGUAUUCACCUCCAUCGAACUAUCGGUCUGCAAUUUCUCCAGAGAGGAAGAUAACUAAAGAUAAAAUGGGAUUUUGGACAUCAAAUCGCUCGCGUAGCCCAGCACGUAGCUCAUCUCACCGACGUUCGCGAAGCCCGAACCGUCGACGAUCACGAAGCCGACGCUCACGAAGUCGACCAAGUCCAAAACGAACCAAACGUUCACAAAGUCCAAGCGACUGGAGUUCACGAAGCUCAUCACAUAACAAACAUUCAAACAGUCCAAACAACGGCGGACGUCAAAAUUCACCGCCACCAAGCGUGCCAAGAAAUGUCCAGUCUUCAAAUUCGGAAACAAAUGCAGCUACACACUCAAACCAAAAUGACCAGACAGCGGAAUCCAAAGCGAAAAAGUUCAAAUUCACAGUUGUUGGCGAUGGUUUUAUGUACUACAUGCUCUACGAUAUGCAGCCUGAUGCUAAAUCGCAUUUGGCACUUUGCAAUCACAAUUUGCUGAUUUCUGAUGCAAAAAAAUUGGUUCACCAGCAACGGGAAAUUUUGAAAGAAAAAAAACGCAAAGUGAUCAUUUCACUUGGUGCCAGCGAUUUGCGUUCGAAUCGAAAAUUUUCGGAAAUGCGUCGUGAUAUCACUGGCUUAUUUUUAAUGUGCCAUGAAUACAAGUUGAAGCCAUUGAUUACAACCAUCCUUUGUUUUGACAAUAUUGAACUUAAGAGAAAGGCCGAUCUCUUUAAUCAAUUUUUAUUUGAAUGCUUCGAAAAUGUGGUGGAUAUGCGUGACGUAAUGAAAUCGGGCUUAAGCGAAGUGAUGACCGCAAUGAACAAAAAAAAUGCAAUGAAACCAAACAAGAAGACUUUGGAACUUGGUGCACAACAACAGCUCGUUCUUAAAGUUCCGAACCAAUAAGCAUAAUUCGGCGAUUUCUUUUAUAUGAAUCGCAUCCUCUGCUUAUCGACUAACAACCAUAAACUUUUUUUCCAAAUUUACUAUGAAACGAAUCUUAUAAAUUAGGGAUUUAAGUACAAUUUAUAAACAACAAAAAAAUAUAUAUUGACAAAAUCAAAAAAUAAAAUGGUCAAUAUAAAACCAAAAAUUUGGAAUAAAACUUGUUA